GGAAUAACAGCCACUAUAGAUUUCCGUUGUGAAGAGGCGAAAAUUUGCUUUGGAAUUUUUUUAUUUUAUCGUUCUUUGUUUCAAAAAAUAAGAGAUAGAAAAAAAGAAGAUGAACGUUUGAUUUUUUUUAAUAAUUUUUCCUUAAAUAUUAAAAUAAUUAGUACCGGUCUAAAAUCAUAGAAAUAUUUCUUAAUAAGUCAAUAUUGUAAAAUUAAAAAGAAAGUGGACGUUAAUAAAUUGAAUGCCUACUUAUGAAUUUUUAGAAAUUUUCUUGUGUAAGCAUCAUAAUAUGGAAUUUAAUCAAAAAUGCAUCUACCUACAUGUAUAAAAAAUAAAAGUAAUUUUAAUUAAUAAGUUGGUCCCCUAAAUUUUUGUUCCUUAUAAAAUUUCUAUAAUUUUCACUGGAAAUAAUCAAAUGAGUAAAAAUGUAUUGGAUACUUAGAAGAACUGGAGCAGCGAAUUUCUUUAAUUCUUUGAAUAAUAACAGCAGUAACUCAAAAAUGAAUCACAACAAUAACAAUAAUAACGAAAAAAGUGUUAAACGUCCAGAACGUAAAGCAUAUGGUCGGCUUAGUGUGGAUUCAGAUGAAAUAACAUCAUUACAAACAAAAAUUGAUUCAUUCACAUCGUCAUCUGAUUGCAAUGAAUUUAAUUCGGGUACGAUAAGAAAAUCGAAAACAUUUCAAAAUUCAACAAAUUUUCACGAAAAUUUAUUAGAACAACAAUUAGUAUUAGAUUUUAAUUCAAAUAAUAAUGAAAAUAAUAAUAAUAAGGAUAAUACAAGUAAACUUAAUGAAAAAAUUGAACAGGAUAACAAUAGAAAUCAAGAUCAUAAAAAAAAUGCUGUAAGUGAAGUAAAAACGAAAUUAAAUUUUAUAAAUAAAAAUCAUGAAAAACAAAAUAUAAUAGAAAAUAAUGAAAAUUGUACCAUAAAUCGAUUACAACCAAUUCCAACAAUGUCAGAAGAUGAAGACUAUGAUGAAUCUUUAACUUGUAAUGUAUGUGACAGAGCAUUUCAUUCACCAAGUCAACUGGCAUCACAUCAGCAGAAGAAAAGGCAUUUUGGGUGCAGCGAAUGUGAUAGUUUAUUUACAUCUUUAAUGUUAUUAGAACAUCAUAAGGAUGAAUUUGAACAUUGGAGUGAUUAUGAUGAAAGUCAAAUACCAUGCUGUCGUAGAAAUCGUACUGAAGAAUUUGGUGACACUGAUUCAUUUACAAGUGAGGCUGCCAGUGAAGAUUUGGAAAGGUUAUUAUAGGUGCCACUAAAUAACAACUGAAUAAAAAACAGUAACUAAUAAUCAAAGUUAAUAUGUAUAACUAUAUAAUUUAUAUAAUGAUCAUUUAAUGUAAUCAGCAUUAAAAUCUGUGAU